AAGUUCAGUGACCAUUCAUAUAAUUAACCCUUUGAAUGAACCCCAGUAGAAAUUAUAUAAACAAUUAUGUAAUAAAAGCAAACGAUAGGGACGUGCCAAUUACCCAUUUGGAAUCUUCAAAACGUCAAAAACUCCACUGUCGCCAGAUUCAGCCAGAUUCUUCUUGCUUCUAUUUCUCCCUUCCACCCUAUAGAAGUCAGUGGAAUAUGGCUUCUGAAUUAAGUACUGGCAAGAACAAGUUGCUCUAUUCUGAUUUGUUCAAAGGCCAACGAAAUAUGGCCUCAACUCCAAGCGCUGAAACUCUUUUUGGUUCAAAAGGGAACUCUUCUUUGUCCGGUUUGAGUUCACCAUUUGGUUCUGAGCUUGACUCAACCGAAACUUCUGGAAGCGAGGAUGAGGACUUCUUUGCCGAGUUGGCUCGUCAAAUGGCUGAGCUUAUGCUUCAGGAAGAUGAAUAUAACUCAUUUUCCAACUGCGGUUCUGAUGAAUCUAACUUGAAAAAUCAAGCUACAGUUGGAAAACAAGGCCGUGCUGCAUGCGGAAGAAGAGUGAGGGGGAGCGAGUCACCUCAACGGAAACAGUUUUAUCAAACAAAGCAGCGGUGGAACUGGGAAAAUGGGCAUUAUUAUGGGUCGGGUAUGAGGGCUGUAUUUCUGGGUGGAUCCGGAUCAAGUAACGGGUCUGGUGGUACUGGUGUUUUCUUGCCUCGUGGAUCCAGCGUCUCAGCUGGGCACAACAAGAGAUCAGAUUUACAUGGAAAUGAAUCUUCGCAUAUUGAUAGAGAAGUACAAUUGAUCAAAGACCUAUUGACGACCAACAAGAACGAGAACGAGGAAAUGCAACUACCGCAAGAAUGGACUUAUUGACUCGAUCGAGAUUCCCCUCAUUGUAGAACUGCUCGGCCCACCCACCCUUGAUCAUCAAUUAUGUAUAUAGAUUUUAAGUCAGUAUUAAUACCUGUAGUCUAUAAUUAAAAUAUGAAAUUAUUGAUAACAUCAAUAAAAAUUUAAGAAUA